CGGGCAGGGGGAGGCGCGGCCCGGCCCGCCCGCACCUGCGCCCGCCCUCGCCGCCGCCUCCUCGCCCACCUGGCCGCGCUCGGCACCGCCGCCGCCGCCGCAGCAACAUGUUGCCCAGGGGAGCCUCGUCCAUGCCGCCGCCUCCCAACCCCGCUCCCUACUUCCCGCCUCCGCGGGUCACGCUGCCCUCCGGCCUGGAGAUCCUGCGCACCUUCUCGGGAGCCGUCAUCUUCCUGGAGAUCGUGUUUGGAACAAUAGUCUGGAUUUUGGUCGCCUCUACCCAAAUUCCACUGCCGCUGCUGCAGGGAUGGGUAAUGUUUGUGGCAGUGACAGCGUGGUUCCUCUCCAUUGUCUUCCUCUCCGUGUUCCUCUUUGGUUAUGCAAAUAGAAUUGCUGUCAACUGGAACCAGGCGGAUUUUAUUUUCCAUGGGGCUACUUUUGUCUUCUAUUUUGGAGCAUUUCUACUGCAAGCAGCAACUACAUCUCUGCAUUACUUCCCCCGCAAAUUCAACUCCACCACACAAGAGACGAUUCUAAAUGGUCGUGAAUAUAACAUAAGCAUAGCAGCCUCGAUUUUUGCCUUUGCAACAGCUAUUUGUUAUGGUUGCAGCACAGCCCUGGCAUUAAGGAGAUGGAGGCUAAAUAACAGCUGAAGAGAGGUUAAUGCCCACGUGUUCCACUUCAGAUCAAAUUAAGUGCUACUUGUCUGUUUUACUGUAAUUUAAUUCUAAAAAGACUUUUUUUUUUUCUGCUUAAAAUCUGUUUUAAAUGCAAGUAACCCCUAAUCAGGAUUUCUUCAACAGAAAAAAAAAUUCCAUCUCUUCCCUUUCUCAUAAUUACUUUUACUGUGUACUCAUUGUAAGUUUUUAGAAGUUUAGGGAUAAAGAGAUGUGUCAUUAGCAGACAACAGAACUCCAGCGCUACACCAGAAGAGGAAUAAAAUGGAAAAUAAGCCAAGAUGUUGACUGCACAGGCAGCUAAAAAGCUGCCCCUUGUAAAGCCUUGGCUUUAAGCGCUUCGUUACAGUGCACUCCACACAGGUAGAGCCAUGGGUGUUCUGUGUGCUGCCCUUUGCAUGAUCAGAGCCCAAGCUGACUUUGAAAUUCCAACUUAGUAUAUAUAUAUAUUAUUAACUUUGCUGUACAGAGACAAUAUUUUAAAAAACCAUCCAGUGAAAUCUUUUUAUACUGUCUUUUAGCCAUGUCUGGUUAGGGUCACCUGAGCCUUAAAGCUUACUGUGUUCUAUACUAGAUGAAAACUGGGACUUUCAAUCAGUUGUUUAUUAGUUUUAGGAAUUUAGCUUAAUCAGAUCUAUUUAUACUACAAAACAAAGCAGUGCAUUUGUGUUGUGUGUGUAUAUACAUGGUAUUUUUUUGUUUAACAGGAAUUUUUGCACUGUUUAACUUUGUUGCAGUACAGCUUUGUUCUUGCUACUUCAAGUGCUGCAUUUGUUAGGUAUUAUGUGAGUCAGUAUCAUUUGAAUGGAAUGUUACCAAAUAGUGAAUAAUCUCUGACCUCAAUUCUUGCAGUGUGUUAUUUGUUGCAUUCUAAAGCUGCAGUGUUGUAAAGGUGUUCUUAUUUGGACAGAUGCCUAUGCAACAUCUUGCUGAAAGCAGUGGGGUGCAAAGCGGUCCGCCCACUAUGGAGUUUGCUUUUCACAUGAAUGACGUUUAAUUGAGCCUCUCUUGAAUAUCCUGGUGUAUGAUGACAUGCAUUAUUAUAUACAGAAAAUUGAUUUAGCAAAACUAAACUAUAGCAUUGUGCUCUGCUCCCUGACACUCAUGUUGUUUUGUACAUGGUGAAACUUUUUGUUAUUUUGCUAGUAAAUAAUUAUUGCUUUUGUGAAUAGUGCCAAAAAAGAUAAGCUGGGACAAUAAAGGCUCCCUGUCAUUUGUAAAACAACUGUUCACUACAUCUUGCCAGUGCACCUGAUUAUUCUGCAGAGACCAGCAGUGGUUGCGUAAGGGAAGACAAGAUUUCCUUCAUUCCCAGGCCUACUCACUCUCCCUGAGCCAACAAGGGUGUUUGCCUUGGAGGUUACUUUAUCAAACUUGUCAGCUACAAGGAUCUCUGAGGGGCAGCCACCCUCAGCAGUGCCCUGCUGAUCCAGGGCAUGUUCUUGUGGGUGGCACAGCAGUGAGUGGCAACCUUCUGACUGUGGAACCACUUGGUCAUCCUGAAUUACUACAAUGGGACGUUGUCAUUUAUCUAUUUCCUAAGAUUUUGUACUCUGCCUGAUUUUUUCCCUUAAUUCUCUCAUUGCAUUUAAAAUUUUUGUGAACAUUUUAUCUAGAGUCCUAUACUUUUAAAAAUACUUCAUGUUGUACAAAAUACAUUUACGCUGGAGUAUAUGGAUGAAAAUAUAUAACAAAGACUUAUGCUAAGCAGCAUUAAAGUUACUUCAUAUAUUUAUGGCA